CUCUACGGUUACACUGUUGUUUUGUUUACUUUUGUUACUAUGUGCAAAUUCUGAGAAAAGUUAUUAAAAAAGUUAAUAAUAAUGGACCCAAGGAGAAAAUUAUUACUAGUAGGAUUGGCGGCGCUUGUAGUAGCGGAGGAAGAGGACAAUCAACGAAGAAAGCGGCGACAACAUUGGGUUAAUCCAUACCUGCAGGAUAGAAACCAGAAGAGUCGAUUUUUUACCGACUUUGAAAAUAUGAAUCAGAGGCCAUCAGUAUUCUUUGAGAAUUUUCAUAUGUCUGAGAAGAACUUCUGUGGCCUUUUUGGAUUGGUGGAGCAGUACGUGCUCCCUAAACGGAAUACUCGACCAGACGAGUUCCCGCCUAAAGCCAAGUUGGCCAUUGUUUUAGAGUUUCUUGCUUCCGGUGACUUACAGCGCCACAUUUGUUGCACUUAUCGUAUAAGUAAACAAAACUUUGGAGUUAUUAUCAUGCAAGUGUGCGAAGCUAUAUGCAUUUCCCUGUCAAAAGAAUUUCCGAAAUGGAACAAGCACAACAUGUUACAGUGGGCUAAGGGCUUUGAAGAGGAAUGGAAUUUUCCGAACUGCAUUGGAGCCAUAGACGGAAAGCAUUUGCCUUUUCUCUACCGACUUUGUUAAAAGUAUUUGGCACUCCUGUGAGAACUCGGCAAGCCGCUUGUUUUUUUAAACCUUUCCCUCCAUAUUUAAAGUCUGUGUGUUGUGUGUGUUUUUGUGUCAUGUCAUUUGUCAUUAGACGACGGAAAAUAAAUUAUAUUUCAAUGUUCCGAUCGAG